CUGUCCGCGCGAUCCCGGCUAUAAAGCUCCCCACAUCACCUUCCUCGUCUCUUCCCAAACCCACACACCCGUCACUACUCCAUCCCCAGUCGUCCAACACACCAGCAGCCGCCCUAGUCCAACGCAGCUGCCUACAUCGAUCGCCGCCGCUUCUACUGCUCGAUCGAGCUCAGUUUUUUUCGAUCGAGCUGAUCAGUUGAUCUCCGAUCUCUUCUCCGGCCGGCUUGCUGUCGCUGUCGCGUCGGGAGGAGGAAGAAGAGGAGGAGAGGAGGUCGAUCGACUUCGACGACCGAUCCCACCCCACCGGGCGGCCAUGGGGAGGGCGCCGUGCUGCGACAAGGCGACGGUCAAGAAGGGGCCUUGGUCGCCGGAGGAGGACGCCAAGCUCAAGGCCUACAUCGACGAGAACGGCACCGGCGGCAACUGGAUCGCCCUGCCGCAGAAGAUCGGGCUGAAGAGGUGCGGCAAAAGUUGCAGGCUGAGAUGGCUCAACUAUCUGAGGCCAAACAUCAAGCACGGUGACUUCACAGAGGAAGAGGAGCACAUCAUUUGCAGCCUCUACAUUAGUAUCGGCAGCAGGUGGUCGAUCAUCGCGGCGCAGCUGCCGGGGAGAACGGACAACGACAUCAAGAACUACUGGAACACCAAGCUCAAGAAGAAGCUCCUCGGCAAGCGCGCGCCGUCCCGCCGCCUGCAGCGCGCCAGCCAAGACGCGCCGAUGCCCUACUCCUACCUGGCGGCGGGCGGCGGCGGCGCCAGCAGCAGCGGGAACGCUAACGGCACCACCGCGGCACUCAGCUCGUCAGCGCUGGAGCGGAUCCAGCUCCACAUGCGCCUGCAGGGACUCUACAGCGCGUUCGGCUGCGGCGCCAGCAACGCGCCGCCGCAGUGGCCGAAGCUCGAGCCACCGACGGACGCCGUUGCCAUGACGACCGUCAGUCACGGUCACUCCCUUGCCGCCGCGGACGUCGUGGAAGCCGAGCAACAGCUAAACCCUUCCGCUGGCGCGAGCUACGACAUGCCGGUGCCGGGAGGUUUCGAGGAGCGAUCCGCCUCCAAGCUAGGGUUUGGCUCUGCUGCCGGCGAGGCCGCUGGAGUGGCCAGUACCGUCGAGAUGAGCUCGGGGUCAAUGGUAGGCGGUGGCUUCGGCUACGGCCACGUCGACGAGCUGUACGACUUCCUCUACAGCAAGCAGCUGGCCGCGGCCGGAGCCUUUCAAGGCGGAGUUCCUCCGCUGCCGGAGCUGCAGUGCCCGGAUGGCGGCGCCGUCGUCGGUGCCGACGAGAAGUUCUCCACGUGGAUGGCGUCCUGCGAUCACUAUGUUCCUACGACCGGCGGCCAGCAGCUCCAGCUGCAAGCAGGCGGAAACUCCAUGAAUCUGCAGGAUUUCGUUUUAGGGUAUGAUCAAUAAUAGUUUGUGUGCUACUCAUACAUACGUACAUUUCAAUGGUCCAAUUGAUAUACUACGCAUGUAUGUUUCGAUCGGCCGAUCUUAGACUUGCUUGUUAAUACAUCUGUAUGUAUGUAUGUGAUUCAGUGUACGUGCUAUACAGGUUCCACAUAUUCCCAUAUUUUUUGAACAAUCAUAUAUGUGAGCUCGAAUAUUUAUUUCCAAUAUAUAUGUCAGUGGUUUAUUUGA